AUGAGUGACCAUGCAUGGCAAAAGACUGAAGCGAGCGGCGUCAUGCUGUUCAUGCCGCUGGCUGGAGCUGAGGGACACACCACGCAGCAGCAGCUUUCCAGAUUGAGCGUCUGUGAAGAUGAGACUCAAGACACCCCCAAUACGGAGUGUGUGCGCGAUGAACCACUUCCAAGCUUACCUCCAUUACAAGGACAGUUAUACAGUCAGUUCAACAUAGAGUCAGAGGACGAGCAUCUUUCGGAUAGGUCAGAGUCUUCAGCCACUCUAUCUAUUCACUCCAGCGAUUUGGUGUUCUCACCCGAUUCCUCGACACUAUCAACGCCUUCUUCGUCGAUGAAUCCUUUCUUUGAACAAUUAAAGAUGUUCGCAAAUUCUUCUUCUGGAGACGAAACUCCAAAUCUAUCAACAUCUAAGUCUUCCCUCGAAACGGAUACCGACGAUUAUGAUUCUGACCGAACCGAUUUCCUGUUGACGCAGAAGUCACCCUGUCCCCGCAGAGUGCAACUGCCUCAUCAACAUCGAACAGCAACGAGAGGUCAUUUCAGGAGCUCCAAGCAGGCCAAAGUCAAGAAUUCUGUCGUCAGACGUUUAGACUUUGGCAGGGUCAGUAAUAACAAGAUUUUUAAAGCGACAAAACAACAUACUCAGUCAUCAAGCAAAAGCGCAUCCAAGACAUCGCUAGAGAAGCUACGAGAAAUUGAGGGGAAGCCACGACACCCUUGGUGCCCUGAUGACAAAAGGUUACUACUCAUAAUCCACAGAUGGUUCUGGGCGACCGAUUAUGCUGAAGUCACGGCCCUCUUCAACCACAUCACUGGGUUGGAUCUAGAUAAGAGGAAACUCGAUGCCGAGUUCCGCGAUAUCAAGUCAUACGGUAGUCGAGGAAGCCAUGAGUGGGGCCAAGUGUUCGACGAAGUCUCAUUCGAGGAUCCAAGUGGCACAUAUACAGAGAUUCGUGGCAAAGUUGAUGCAGCUGCCAAAGCCCUUCAAAUCGACUUUCAAAGACGUGAAGAGGAAGAAGAUUUUAACCCCGGCUCGGCAGCCAAAACUUCUACGAAGUCCAGAAAGCGGUACAAGCAACGCGUCAGACUAGUCGCCCAGCAAAAGAAGGCUGAAGCUACCAUCGGAUCAUCAGCAGAGAAGAUUUCAGUUCGAGUGCCAAAACUGGGCGGCGUUCCACUGGUUAUGCAGGACUGCUCUGGAGACAUCGAUAUUUUGAGCGAUGUCGAAGACGAACCCAUUAUAUACUGCGAGCCGGUUUUCAAGAAACCUACCGCAGCUUUUGAGCCCCAUAUACCUCCAGUACCUACGAAAUUACCUCAUCUUGCGUUCAGGGUUUGGGAUAGUUCGAGUCGCACAAAGUUCACCAAUGAAGGGAGCUUCAUCGCUGAAAGCUUCAUGGAUGCACCUAGUCCACUACCAGCUCCUAUACCCCCGAAUGAUGUAUAUGGAUUGUGGAAGUAUUUCGCAGCACGCCAUCUCAGUAAAAAAGGGGCGUUACCUCUAUUUGUGUCAACGGCGGUCUCGCUCUUACAGGUCCUCCGAUAUGCAACCGACAUGAAGCGUCCUAUGUGCGCCAUUAUCGACCUACGUGCGCCAUGCCUCCAGGAGUUUGAAUACCAGAUGCUGCAUGCAUAUGACGUAUUCCCUUGGCUCCAAACACGAGGCUUGACGAGAUGGGCCAGGUACAAAGGAAACGGAGAGUACUUCGUAUGGGCAAAGGUCCCGAAGAAUGCCAUCUUGCACGUUUUCGAGUUACAAGAGCUAUGGGAGCUGGCGGCAUCUAGCCCUACGUACACAACCUUACUCUGCCCAGAUGCGUUUAAUCUAAAGCUCAAGACGGCUGCGCUGGCCUCCGCUAUUAGGCGCAAGCGACAAUGCUUUCUCGACAUAAGCAUCGCUGGAGCUAUGGCCCGCAUCGGUGUCCUUUUCGGAAUGAACAAGCUUAAUGUCACUGAUCAGCAUGUUUCUGAGUUUGUUGCUCAAUUACUCUGCGCACUCCAAAUUGAACGACAUUCAGCGAGCGACAUUCACAGUCUAAGUUCAAUUGCUGCGUCUUUUGCAUUUGCUCUCCGACAUAAGAAGCAUAGCCACCAAAAGAUCAUGUCUGCAUUCUUGGACGGAGUAGUUCAGGGUACAGAGGCCACUGCACGGUUCCGUCCAAAGAGUGUGAAGAGGCGUCGAAGCCGUAUCGUUUGA